AUGGAUGUUCCCAUCAAUCCAUGGCUUUUGCUAAGCGGUCAGAAACUGACGGGCAGUUUCUUCGGCGGAUAUAAACCGAGGGAAGGCAUCGAGUAUUUAGUGAAUAAAUAUAUGAACGGAAACUUGAAUUUAGAUUUGUUUAUCACUAAUAAAAUUAAAUUAGAUGACAUUAAUCAGGGCUUUGAUCUCAUGAGGAAUGGAAAGGCUAUUCUAGCCUAUGGUCUCCAUCAGCCACUUGUGGUCGAGGAUAUAUACGUCGAUCCGCCAAAAUUUAAUGAAAUCCGGAUUAAGAUUAUAAGCAGUGGUAUAUGUCGUUCAGAUCUUCAUAUAAUCGAGUCAAACAUCUCUAAAGAUUUUAUAUUCCCAUUAAUUCUGGGACACGAGGGCUCCGGUAUUGUCGAGAGUGUCGGACAGAAUGUCACCUCUGUUUCUAUCGGAGAUCAUGUCAUCCCUCUGUGGUUACCUAACUGUCAGACUUGCGAAUUGUGUCAAAGCAAUAGAACUAACUUAUGUGAGACAGGAAAUAAUGGCACUCUUAAUGUCAUGCCUGACGGCACAACCAGAUUCUGGACAAUGGAUGGAAAACCUAUUUACAACUCCAUAGGCUGUGCGACGUUUAGUGAGUACACCGUUAUGUCUGUGGAGUCGGUGGUUGUGGCCGACAAAAGAGCCGAUUUGGAGAAAAUCUGUUUAAUUGGUUGUUGUAUUGCAACCGGCUUUGGGAAUGCCGUCAAUUUGGCGAAAGUGGAAAGUGGGUCGAGUGUAGCCGUGUGGGGAUUGGGUGCCGUGGGAUUAGCGACUGCUAUGGGUGCUAAACACAACGGCGCCAAAAGGAUUAUAGGCGUCGAUAUCAAUGAAGACAAGUUCGCGAUGGCGAAGGAGUUUGGAUGCAAUGAAUUCGUGAAUCCAAACCGUUUGCCCGAUGGGUAUAACACUAUCGCAGAGCUGUUCAAAGCUGAUGGAGGGCUCGACUAUACAUUUGAAUGCAUCGGAAACGUAAAGGCAAUGCAAUCGGCCUUUGAAUCGCUUAAUCGUUGGGGAGUUUGCGUAUCCAUAGGACUAUCACCACAUGGAGAAAACUUAACCAUAAAUCCAUGGCUUUUGCUAACGGGACAGAAACUGAUGGGGGGUUUUCUGGGCGGCUAUAAACCCAUUGAAGGCACCAAAGCGUUGAUUGAA